CGGAAGGGCUCAGACUGAGGCUCGGGCUGAGGUUGGAAGGCAGCGGCAAGAUGAGCACGGCACCCGCGUUCCUGAGCUCGGCCGAGGUGCAGGGCCACCUGCGCAGCUCCAGCCUCCUCAUCCCGCCUCUGGAGGUGGCUCUGGCCAACUUCUCCAGCGGCCCGGACGGAGGCGUCGUGCAGCCGGUGCGCACCAUGGUGCCCGUGUCCAAGCACAGAGGCUUCCUGGGCGUCAUGCCGGUCUACAGUGCAGCAGAGGAUGCCCUGACCACCAAGUUGGUCACCUUCUACGAGGGCCACAGCACCAGCUCCACCGUCCCCUCCCACCAGGCUGCUGUGUUACUCUUCGAGCCCGGCACCGGCUCCCUGCUGGCGGUCAUGGAUGGAAAUGUCAUAACUGCCAAGAGAACAGCUGCAGUAUCUGCCAUUGCCACCAAGUUUUUGAAACCUCCUGGCAGUGACGUGUUGUGCAUCCUUGGGGCGGGUGUCCAGGCCUACAGCCAUUAUGAGAUCUUCACAGAGCAGUUCUCCUUUAAGGAGGUAAGGAUAUGGAACCGCACCAUGGAAAAUGCAGAGAAGUUUGCGAACACAGUGCAAGGAGAGGUACGGGUCUGUUCAUCAGUGCAAGAGGCUGUGACAGGUGCUGAUGUGAUUAUCACGGUCACCAUGGCCACGGAGCCCAUUUUAUUUGGUGAAUGGGUGAAGCCAGGGGCCCACAUCAAUGCAGUUGGAGCCAGCAGACCCGACUGGAGAGAACUGGAUGACGAGCUCAUGAAGCAGGCAGUGCUAUAUGUGGAUUCCCAAGAGGCUGCCCUGAAAGAGUCUGGAGACAUACUGUUGUCAGGGGCUGAGAUCUUUGCUGAGCUGGGAGAAGUGAUAAAGGGAGUGAAGCCAGCCCACUGUGAGAAGACCACAGUGUUCAAGUCUUUGGGGAUGGCAGUGGAAGACAUGGUUGCAGCCAAACUGGUAUAUGAUUCCUGGUCAUCUGGUAAAUGAAACAAAGAAGUUCUGUGUUGAGAUGGAUGCUACAACUCUAAGGAUGUCACCACUGGUUAUCUCAUAAUUUCCAGAUAAAAUGAGGGCGUCCAGGGGCCGGGUUCAGUGGUUCUACCACCUGCCUUGCAAGUGCAAGGUUCUGAGUUUGAUACUGGUAAAAAAAAAAAAAGAAAAGAGAAACAAAAUGAGGGACCCCAGGCCCCAGAAAAGUAUAAUUUUGUGCUUAUUAUGUCGUACUUUAAAUACUGAGUUCGUGUUUGUCGGUGGAAACCAAAACUAGGUAAUAGUUCUUCUGUUACACCAGAUUAUAACAGCAUUCAUUUCCUUUGUGUUCCACUAACUUUGGAUUUCCCUGAAAUAAAGCCUUUCCGAUUCUGCAGUA